AUGGACGAGGUCACGGCACGAGCACAGCACAACAGUAGGCACCACCACCACGUGGGUGCGCUCACAGCGCUGCACAUGGCUGCCCGCUUCCACAGGUGCGUGCACUCGCCGACGCCUCCUGGCCGGCCCAUGGGGGGCCACAGUGGGUGGGGCACGGUGGAUGGUGGUGCUAACUGUGCGCGGUGCAUUGCGGCACUGCUGGCAGCAGGGGCAGACGCGAGCCUGGCAGCAGGGCCACUGGGGCUCACCGCACUCGAGGAAGCACUGGUGUCCAAGCGACUGCACUUUGACUGGGGUGCGCAGACAGCGCCGCUGAGAGUGGUGAACACGCUGAGGCACGAGCGCAACCUCGACUCCAUCCGCCUGCUGCACCAGCACGCCUCUGACGCUCUCCGAGUGGCAUUCACGCUAGCCGGCUGCUUCCGUCUCGUCCCCCUAGUCGCGCUGCUCCUCUCCGGGGGCUCGCCUCUCAUGAACGGUGCUCCCCUCGCAGCACCCCUGGAGGGGGACACGGCCUCGUCGCCUAGGUCUUGCGACCGGAGUGUGAGGAGCGAGAGGAGUGAGAGGAGCAGGAAGGCGCAUCAUUCCAAGCGUGCGGCGUGGCUGGGCGCGAUUGGGCUGAUGCAGCUGGAGCCGUGGCAGGAGGUGCUGCUGGGAGAGCAGGAGAAGGAGCAGCAGCAGGUGCUGCGGCUGCUGCACGCAGAGCGAGAGAAGCGCGAGACUGAGCACGGGAACGGCAACGGCAACGGGGUGCCGGAGAGCAAGCAGGGGAAGAAGAAGAAGAAGUCAGCCAAGGAAAAGCGAGCGGCAGAGGCAGCAGGAGGAGGAACCGCAGAAGCUGGGGCAGGAGCAGGAGGAGCAGCAGGAGGAGCAGCAGGAGGAGCAGCAGGAGGAGGAGCGGAGGCACGGUGUCAGGAGCUGCGCAUGAGAGGGCUGAAGGUGCUGGAGGCGUUUCUGCUGUUCAACCCGCCGCUGGCAGGGCACGGGCCGAGCGUGCACCAGGUGCCGUUGGUGCGCGCAGCAGCAGGCAAUGACGGCAUGGUGGUUGGACUGCUGCUGGACGCCGGUGCUUCUGUAAAUGAUAGUGACGGGGAUGGCAACACCGCCCUGCACUGGGUGCUCCGACAGGCGACCCCUUGGAACGGGCGGCCAGUGGACACGACCAUUCUCUCACAGCUCAUAUCAGCGGGCGCCAGUGUGCUGGCAGGGAACCACGUGGGGGCGACGGUGGUGCACACGGCAGCAGGGCACGGGCACAGUGAGGCACUGGAUGUGCUGCUGGGGCGAGAGGCCGCUGCUGCCAACGCCGUCACUGCUGCCCGGGAGACUCCCCUGCACUACGCUGCUCGGGUGAGGGCACACUGGGAGAGUGGGGAGAUGGGGGGGAGGGAGAGUGCGUGGUGGAAGUGCAGUGCAGGGCGAGGCAACAAGUCUAUUGCUCUCUCAGGGGACCUUGCCCUGCAGCCCUACAAGAUCUUCGUUGGAGGGUUACCCUACGACGUGACGUCAGACGACCUAGCAGCGCAUUUCGAGGAGCAGUAUGGGGGAGUGGUGGAUGCCGUGGUGCUGUACGAGCCCGACGUAGCAGCCAGUGAGCGUGGCACCAUGCGCUCGCGCGGCUUUGGCUUCGUGGUGCUCGACUCAAGAGAGACUGUGGCUCGCCUGCUCGAGAAACACUUUGUGCCGCUGGGCGGCCGCAUGGUGGAGCCAUGGAGCGAUGCGGGCACGUGGCCGGGGGGAGUGGUGCCGGGCGUGGGGGCGGGCAAGGGCGGCAACGCCACCAUCCCGUGUGGGGUGGCCGUGCUUCUCGACGUGCCGUCCGUCGUCCUCUCCACCCUCACCAUUCGGGGCAUGCUCAAAGUUGAGGACACUGUGUCACGGCCACUGGUGCAGGUGAACGCGUCGUUUGUGAUCGUGGAGGGGCAGCUGAUCGUGGGCAGCAGCGCAAAGCACUUCUCUCAAAAGGCCGUCUUCACGCUCAUGCACAACCCCAACGGCCGCGCGCCCUACCAGUACACCGCCAACGCACCCGCUGACCCCGCCAACCCCCGCAACUUCGGCCACAAGGCCUUCGUCGUGGUGGGAGGGCAGGUGAGCAUGCACGGCAUGCCGGGGGGCUCCUCCACGCCAUCAUGGUGCCGCCUGGCAGCGACAGCACAGGCGGGCGAUCGCACCAUCCUGGUGGACCGGGACGUCACCGCAUGGCCCGUCGGCUUCUAUGUCGGCCUCGCCUCCACCGACUUCUAUGCCGACCAGAUCGACGUCGCCAAGAUCGUUGAUGUGACGGCCGUGCCCGGCGGCAGCAAGUGGAAAGUGGCGCUGAGCGCGGCGCUCGCCUACAGCCACUUUGGAGAGGUGGUGGCGGACGGGUUUGGCGGCACGAUAGAGGAGCGCGGGGAGGUGGUGCUGCUGAACCGCACAGUGACCAUUCGAGGGGAGGACGAGGCAGCACCGCACAACUGGGAGGGCGGACACUUCAUGGUGUUCUUCACUCAGACCGCACAGAUGAUCGAGGGCGUCGAGUUCGCCCAGAUGGGGCAGCAGGGGCAGCUGGGGCGCUAUAACAUCCACUUCCACCUCUGUGGGAACCAGGCGGGGAAGAGCGUCGUACGGAAGAACGUGAUGCAUGACAGCAAGCAGCUCGCAUUGCCUGUGCACAGAUAUGCUUCUUUCUUUCCAAGUCCUCAUCAGACGCCCAAUUAUUGUCCAUCCCUCCAUCCUCGUCCACUCAAACUUCUCUCCUCUCUCAUUUCCUCCCACUCGGCUACUCUCUGCUUCCGCCCCCGCCUUCACAUGCAGCGCUGUUCAACUUGUCUGCCCCCUUGCGGCCUCCCGUCCCGCCCUCCUGUCAUGUGCAGCGCUGUGGUGGUGCACGCGACGUGCAACCUGUCUGCCCUCUUGCACUUCAUGCUCCCCUCCUCCCCAUCCCCCAAUGCAGCGCUGUGUGGUGGUGCACGCUACGUUCAAUCUGAUGGUGGAGGAGAACGUGGCGUUCAACACGAGAGGCCAUUGCUUCAUGGUGGAGGAGGGCGGCGAGCAGGGCAACUCCUUCAUCCGCAACGUCGGCAUCUGGACGCGCCCAGGUGUGUUUUCAGUCGCCAUCUGGACGCGCCCAGGUGUGUUUUCAGUCGCCAUCUGGACGUGCCCAGGUGCGUCACGGCGCUUGCACUCAUUGUUCAUUCCACACUGCUCAUUCCACCACAAGGCGUUGUCUUCUUGGAGACAGACGACGAGCCAUCCACGUUUUGGAUCACCAACGCCAACAACAACUACAUCGGCAAUGUCGCUGCCGGUUCAGAAGACACCGGCUUCUGGCUGGAGCUACGGGAGCGAGUGAGGGGGCUGUCUGCUGACUGGCCUCUCAUCAACACGCUGAUCCCCCUCAACUACCACCGAGUCGGCACGUUUGCGGGCAACGUUGCUCAUUCGUGUGACACGGGCUUUCGUGACUACCCCGGGGGAUUCUUCCCGCGCUUCAACGCCUCCACCCUCGACCAGGACGAAACCUACUGGGACCGUCCAGUGUGGGUGACUAUCUCGGGCUUCACUUUCUACAAGAACAUCUACGCGGGCGCAUUCAUCCACAACACGGACUACGUGGUGUUGGAGGGCAUCACAGCGGCGGACAACAUGUGGGGGGUGGAGAUGACGCAGGUGGAGGGCAUUGUGCUGCGCAACCUGCGCGUCGUGGGGCAGACCACCAACUACGGCAACCCCUGGGACUGCACCGACCCCGACUCCGAUGGAUGCGCUCCCGUCUCCGGCUGCAAGUUCCCAUUGGCGGAGGGCCAGCAGGGGCGCAGUGUGGGGGGUGGGGGGGUGGACGAGCCGGUAUACGGGCUGGUGUUCACGCAGAGCCCAUGGUUCACCGAUGGGCUCUUCAACAACGUUGUUGACGGCGCUAAGUUCGCUGGGUUUGACAACACGUGCAAGCCGUCUGCUGCGGUGGCGGUGGGGGGGGACAUGGGAACGUACUGGAACGCAGGCAACAACUUCAAGGUGCCUCGCAGCCCUUGCCUUUCACAGCUUAACUUCAAGUUCAGCACUGCAACGCGGACCAACCCAGUUGUCGUCCAGCCUCGGAAAUACCCCUCCAGAUACGACUCGUCGGAGACGGAGGAUCAUGGGGAGGCACAGACACAGGUGGCGUUGAGGGACAUGGACGGCAGUAUACUGGGGUCCGUGCUGGGCAAGACCUCCGUUCCCAUGCCAGGAGCCAACGCAUAUGCGUGCCCCUCGCCCGCACACUGCUUCCGCACCGUCAACGUCCGCUACCGCGAGCCCGCCACUGCAGCCAACACCAACCGCAUGCAGGCCCAUGGCGUGAUGAGCUUCAUCAAGGUGGUGCGCGUGAGUGACGGCGCACAGCAGACGUUCGACGGGAACUCGGAUCAUAUUGAACUGGAGGAGGGCGGUGGGAAGGCGGAGCGGCUGUUCGGGUUCACAGCACUGGCAGGGGAGGUGUAUGUGGUGGAGGUGGUGGGGCCGGAUGGGCAGGAGGAGUGGCAGCUGGGGGAGGUGGAUGUGUUUUUUGGGGAUGGCGUGGAUAAGGACUUUGGGGGGGGCUGUGGAGGGGCUGUGACGGUGCGCCUCAAGGCGCCUGCUGGGGGUGACACGCAGUGGGCCGCCAAGAUGGCAGAUAACGCCGCGUGGCUGCCCUGUGCAGGCACCACUCAGCCUGCACCCGUCCUGUUCUCAUACGAGUGUGAUGCGGAAGCAGAGCAGCAGCAGGCACAGGUGUCUCUCUCAGGCGAUGUGGGCUACUACCUCCCUGCUGCCUUCUCCCUCUCCCAGGACCCCCCUGCGCCCUGCUCCGCCCCUACGCGCUGUGGCCUCGUGGCACCGCGGGCAGUGUGGCGCUACAACCAGCAGGGGGGAGAGCUCCAUCCGCGCUACCCCGGCGGUCCAGCCUUCUACAACCCCAACUUCCCUGACUCCUCCUGGCCCUCAGGCCCUGCCCCUCUCGCCUACGUGGAUUGGGAAUGGAACAUGGUGGGCACGUUUUUAAUCCAGCCAUCAUGGGACAAGCGCACCACAUACUACUUCCGCAAGUCCUUCACCCUCACCAACUCAGCGUGCUUCUCCCACCUGCUGUUUCAAAUGCCGGUGAACGAUGGUGUGAUUGUCUACAUCAACAACCGUGAAGUGCUGCGCCUCAACAUGCCCCAAGGGGAUGUCACCAACGCCACCUCUGCUCUCUCGGACAAGGACUCAAUCAACGACAACAACGAUGGGUUCAUCUACACGGAGGCGAUGGUGAAGCUGCCAGGAGCGGGUGCAGCACCACAGCUGGUGGACGGGGUGAACGUGGUGGCAGCAGAGGUGCACCUCAAUCAGGACGACGGGUGGGACAUCGCCUGGGCGCUGCGCCUCUCUGCUCUCCCCUCGUACGUGCCACACGCAUGUGUGUGUGGGGCAUGGGAUGGGUGGCAUCCGCCUCUGUGUGUGUGUAUGGUUACUGCCUCUUACUCUCCUCAUUUUUCGCUUGAAAACUUUGCUGCACGAUUGGCCCAGCAGAUCUGUGUCUCCUGCUGCCUCCUCUUCUGCUCUUACUCUGCUGCUGCAUCCCCGCAGCUCAGAUUGCCCUGGUCGCUGAUUGCUGGUGGCUGCAAUGCCUGA